GACUAAAGGGAUGAACGUGGUCGCGGUGGUGUUCACGCUCUUCUCGCGAUAUCUGGUGCAGAACUUCUCGUUGCUGGAAAACAUGGCGGAAGAACACGGACGGAAAUGGGACCGCUGCCUCGCCGACACGGCCGUGAAAACAGUAACUGGCCUCGGUGUGGGCGUUGUGUUCUCCGUCCUUCUCUUUAAACGUCGCACGUGGCCUGUGUCACUGGGUUCAGGUUUGGGACUGGGCAUGGGAUACUCCAACUGCCAGCAUGACUUCAGGUCACCAUACCUGAUUCAUGGACGUGUGGUUAAGGAGCAGUAAUGAAGGACUACAGAAGAUGAGGAUUUGCCAAGGAACUACUCAUCUGGUUUUGAGUUGUUUUUUUGUUUUUUGUGGUGUUCCUCUCUGAACUCAUGUCCAACAAUACACGGGUUUUUACCAAAAGUGAAGUUGAUAUAUAUUUAAUAAAGUCAUUAUGGAAAACUCUC